AUGUACAAUGCUGUCAAGGGGGGCGUGCCGACGCCCGAGGAUGUCGCGGCAGCCAUCGACGAUCUCGAGGGUCUCUACCGCGCCUGUACCGACAGCGGUCGCCUGGCAGAAACCAAGUUCGACUUCAUGAAGGAGCAACUGAAGGUUGACGAUGUCAACAACAUCGCAACGAAGGUUGCAUUCCAACCUCCUGCAGUGGAUGUCGUCCGGCACGAUGUGUUUCCUGUUUCGCGGGCCACUGCAACCUGCAAUCCACGAGCUGAAACAAUCUAUCCAGUGGCCCACGCUCUCGAGCUGCAACUGCCGGUGGAGCCUUCACCAGAAAGGCGGCCGGAGCAGAAUCAGCACAAGCCUUGCUGGUGCAACUGGGAUGGCUGCGGUAUGGUUUGCUUCUGCAUCACGUAUACCUUGCUGAUAGUCUCCAACUUCACAGUGAUGAGACUUGGUCGAUGGCCGUUUGGCGAGUCGUCUCAGAUGUACUUCCGACUAGGCUACGAAGCAGUCUUCGUGCUGAGUAUUUGGUCGCAUCUAGCGUGCAUGCUUACCGAUCCGGGCGCAUGCCCGCUGGAUGUGGAUUACGCGGAGGGCGAACGCCACUGCGCAAAGUGCAGAGCGCCGAAGCCCCCCAGGGCCCACCACUGUAGUACCUGCCAGCGAUGCAUCAUGAAGAUGGAUCAUCACUGCCCGUGGGUGAACAAUUGCGUCGGUGAGCGAAACCAGAAGCAUUUCAUCCUUUUCCUUCUCUACACGGCCCUUCAGUGCGUUCUGGCGGCGGUAAGCCUGGGAGCACACUUCGCCAAUUCAGCGGGAACCAUGCCGAGGAGGCCUCGGAAACCGAAGGCUUUCCUCGGCAAGGAGGACCCAGAAGCCAUGGCCGCCUGGAGGGAGGAGCUCAAGAGGCAUGCAGACACCCAGGCCCAGGGGGAAGGCGAGCUUCUGUGCUGCGUGCUUAUUUUCUUCGUCGCCAUCAUCUUCGGUCUGUUUACGAGCAUCAUGUUCUGCGAUCAGGCGUCCAACAUAGCGAACAACACGACAGGUAUCGAUGUGCUGAAAGGGAGGGAGUCGCAGCAACGGCCAUGGCGCGAGUCGGUCCAGGAAGUCAUGGGCCGGGGCCCGCUCUGGAGAUGGCUGCUUCCCACGCCGAUCCGGCAGACGCAGGAGGAAUGA